UAAUCACCGGUAUGCUGUGUCCCUCGGACACAGCGGAUCAGGGAAAGAGCCGAAGAUGUCGGCUGGGUCAUGUGAUCAGCUGUGUCCAAUCACAGCUGAUCACAUGGGACAUGUACACUGAUCAUCAGGGCACUGAUGAUCAGUGUGCCCUGAUGAUCAGUGUAGCCCCAGCAGUGCCACCUGUCAGUGUCCAUCAGUGCCAGCAGUCAGUGCUCAUCAGUGCCACCUGCCAGUGCCCAUCAGUGCCAGAUCAAUGCCACAUAUCAGUGCCUACCAGUGCACAUCAAUGCCACAUAUCAGUGCCCAUCUGAGCUGCCUUUCAGUGUCACCCAUCAGUGCCAGUCAGUGCCACCUAUCAAUGCCAAUCAGUGCUGCCAAUCAGUGCCGCCUAUCAGUGCCAGUCAGUGCCGCCUAUCAGUGCCACCUAACAGUGCCAGUCAGUGCUGCC